UAAUGGACGAGCGCACGAGCCCCGGUGUUUGUUCCGUUUCCGGUUUGCGGGGAUGUUGCUAUGCGAUGUGUGGUGUAGCUGUUGAUAUGUUGGCCGGACGCUGCCGUUCUUCACACAACAGCUGGAGGCUGUUGUGAGGAAGCGGCGCUGCCAUGGCGUCCGGUCCGGGCUCGGUGCCUGUGGUUCAGCCCGGUGUCGGCCCCGCUGCCACUGACCGGCUCUUCCGGAAGCCCAGAGACCUGAUGGCCUCGUCUACACACUACAGACCACCACGUUCUCUCCCUGACGUCUGCCCCAAGGAGCCCACAGGUGAGGUUCGGGGGCUGAGCGACGCUCCGUCAGUGGUGGCGGAUCAGCACAGGUGGACGGUGUAUAACUCUAAGGUGAAUCUGCCGGCGGCGCUGAACGACCCACGGCUGGCCAAGCGAGAGUCCGACUUCUUCACCAAGACCUGGGGAGUGGACUUCACAGAGGGGGAGGUGACCCCUUCAUACAGCCUGGCCAACAUCACUGCAGAACACUUCAACCCCUACCUGAAUGAUACUGCUCAGAGGGAGAGAAUCCACGAGCGGUGUAAAAACAUCUGUCCCAGUAAAGAUGACCUGUCCAUCCCCAACAUCACCAACAAUCACGAUAAAGCCAAAGAGGAGCUCGAGCAGGUGCCUAAGAUCUUUAUGAGGCCUGACUUCGUACUGAGUGACUCAGCCACCUUCAGCACUGUGUUGCCAUGGUCGCACUUCAGCGUCGCCGGAGGGAAGAGCAGCCGGGAUGCUGCGUCGUCACGGUUACUGCAGGAGAAAUUGAGUCACUACCUGGACGUGGUGGAGGUCAGCAUCGCCAGACAGAUCUCCAUGCGCUCCGAGGCCUUCUUCCACGCCAUGUCGUCUCAGCGCGAGCUACAGGAACAGCUCUGCGAGGCGGCGGGAGCCGUGAGGGCGCUGCGGGAGCACACUGCCGGCAUGGGGCGCACCAUGAGCUGCGGGCCUCUGCGGGCGCUGCGUCACACGGUCACGCGCAGGAACUGCGUCACGCUGCACAGUAAACUGAAGCUGAUGGCGGCGGUGCAGCAGACGCAGCCCACUGUGCAGCUGCUGCUCUCCACGUCCGAGUUCGUGGGAGCGCUGGAGCUCAUCAACACCACCAAGGAGGUGCUGCAGCAGGAGCUUCAGGGCAUCCACAGCUUCAGACACCUGGGCUCUCAGCUGUGUGAAAUGGAGAAGCUGAUUGAUAAGAUGAUGGUGGCCGAUUUCACCACUUACUCCAGGAGUGACCUGAACCGAGCCUUUGAGGACGACAACCAAGUGCUGGAGAAGGACCGGCUGCAGUCUCUGGUCUUUGGCCUGCUCAGACAGAGGAAGCUGGAUUUUCUGGACAUCUACAGUGAGGAGAUGAUGCAGGCAGCCAAGGGCAUUGUCAGACAGUGUGUGGUGAAGUCGGUGUCUCAGAUCGAGGAGAUCGACACAGAUGUGGUUGUGAAGCUGCAGGAUCAGAUGAGGUUGAUGACAUUUGCUCAGUGGUUUGAGCUCCUGCAGAACGUCUUUGAGUUUUUCCUGCUCUUCCUCACCAGGAUCAAGGCCACUCUCGGCGUGAUCCGGACCGUCGUUCUGGAAGUCCUUGACAGCAGCCAGAGGAACCGAGCGGCCGAGGCGUGUGUGCUGGCUGACGGCGGCUCCGUGGAGGAAGAGGAAGAGGAGGAGGAAGCAGGUCUCCGUCCCGGAGAAGCCGAGCUGGCCUACCUCACGCACGAGGGACUGUUCAUCAGUGAUGCCAUAAACGAAGCCGAGCGCCGCAGCAACAGCACAAAUGCUCAGAUCAGAGCGCAGGCAAGAGAGGAAGCUUCAGGAAGCGACUCGGCCUCGGGCACCACGGAGUCGUCAUCCAGCAGGGAGCACAUCACAAACACUACCUCCUCCCUGCCCACAGGGGGCAGCGCUGCACUUGAGGAUCUAAUGCCGUCUGAUCUGGAGCUGGGCAGAAUCGCCAACAACAUCCAGGAGCUGCUGUACACCGCCUCGGACAUCAGCCAUGACCGCUGUGUCAAAGUGCUGCUAGCUAAGGCCAAGGACGGUUCUCUGGAGCGUCUGAGCUCGGCAGAGUUUGUGUGUGUGAGCCGGGCGGUGGAAGCCUUUGCCAAGGACACGGAGGCUCUGUGCUGCAGGAGGAGUGUGAGUCUACGGGGGGCGCUACAGAGUCAGGCCAACCGCUUCGUCCACCGCUUCCACGACGAGCGCAAGAACAAGCUCAGUUUGUUGCUGGACACAGAAAGGUGGAAGCAGGCUGAAGUUCCUGCUGAAUUCCAGCACCUGGUCGACUCCAUCGCUGAUGGACACAUCACACUGCCUGAACGCAAACCUGCAGGUCCGGAAGACAAGAAGCCGAGUGACUUCCUGCUGGUUGAUGGGCAGAAAUAUGCUGUUGUUGGAACGGUGCUGCUGCUGAUCCGGAUGUUCCUAGAAUACUGCCAGUGUGUGAACGACAUCCCGUCCAUCACCACCGACAUGCUGACCCGCCUCUCAGACCUUCUCAAGCACUUCAAUUCCCGCAGCUGUCAGCUGGUGCUCGGAGCUGGAGCUCUGCAAGUGGUGGGAUUAAAGACCAUCACCACCAAGAACCUGGCUCUGGUGUCUCGGUGUCUGCAGCUGGUUGUUCACUACAUCCCUAUAAUCCGAGCACAUUUUGAGACCAAACUCCAACCUAAACAGUACAGCAUCCUGCGCCACUUCGACCACAUCACCAAGGACUAUAAUGACCAUAUAGCAGAGAUCUCAGCGAAGCUGGUGGCCAUCAUGGACAGUCUGUUUGAGAAAGCACUGUUUAAGUAUGAAGUAAAAGCUCCGAUGCCUUCACUCUGUUUCCGUAAUCUGUGCAAGCAGAUGGCAAAAAUGCAUGAGGCUAUCUACGAGCUCCUACCUGAGGAACAGACUCAGAUGCUGUUUCUGAGGAUCAAUGCAAGUUUUAAGCUUCACCUGAAGAGGCAGCUGGCUCGGCUCGGGGUAGUGAACGACGGCGGACCGCAGCACGGGUUGGUGGUGGUGGAUGUGGCCUUCUACACAGAGAACAUUCAGGCUCUGCGCUCUCUUGAGCGGUUGGACUUAAACAUGCCCGAGAUCUGGGAGCAGAAGAGGUGAUGACGGACAACCGGGCCCAGCCAAUCGGGUCUUCUCGUCUGAUCUUACACCCACCUACCCCGCCCCUUCUCCCUUCCUCCUCUUCUGGGAGGACAUGAGGUCAGAGGUCACACAAGAAGUGAACACUGUACACAAGACCUCUCCACACACACACACUUUUUACCUCCUCGUCCAGAACUGCUGUGACGCUUUAUUAUUAUUUUUAUUAUUAUUAUUUUCCGGAGCAUUAAAGCGUCAGACGGUCACUUCCUCCAAGUGACCAAUCAGGAUAAGCUAAGGGAUGGUCAGUGGGCGGGAACUUUUUUUCUUCUGUUGGGUUUAAAGCUCAGUGCCUCCUGGUGUGCUGUGGACGCAGCACAGCUCUCCACUCGUGUGCAAUCCUGUCUAAUGAACUGAGAAUAAAUGAUUUUGUUUUUGUUUAUUUGGAUGUUUAUGUCGUAUGGGUUUAAAGAUGUAAAGAUGGAUAAUUUAUUUACUGUUCUGAUUUUACUGAAUGAUUGGGGUUUAAUAAAUCUCUACAGCCUGCUCCCCACAGGUCAGGAGGAUGGAUCUGAGCUGAUGGGAAGACCUUAUUUUUGGGGAAACUUUUGUUCAUUAAAGCCCUUUUACCCUUCCAGUAUUUUCUCCCCGAGGCGGGGACUCUCCUGCGGUCACUCCUGAAGACGUCCAGUGACGCUACAGCUUCAUUACACCGUGUGCUUGUAUCUCCAGGCCAGGUUUAAUGAAGUGAUAAGUCAUUAACACUCUCUGCUCUUCAUCACUGCUGAUUCUCAAACCCAAACACUUUCCUCUCCUAAAUGUUCCAUCUGUUUAUUUAUCUUUAAAUGGUCAGCCAGGCACUGACCACUGUUCUGAACACCAUUAACCCCUAAUGUCCAGCUGCAGCUUCCACAGGAGCCUGUGUUACGAUCAGAAGGAGGCGUGGCCUCAACGUCCUCAAACCAAUAAACUCUCCCUCUCAUUCUCUCUCUCUCAUUUUCUUUCUAUUCCCCCCUCUCUUUUUCUCUCUCUAUUUCUAUCCCCCUCCCCCCCUGUGUCCUUGAACUGGACGUCUCCAGGAGUUUGGGAUUGAAGGUUUCGGACAGUAGGAGAGAUGUUUUUAGGACAUCCUGGAUGCACAGCACUGUGUGUUUUGCCUCUCUGAUCUUCAUGACAUUUAAAUAAAUAAAUAAAUAAAGAGUAAGUGUGAGAGCGCUCGGCCGGGUUUAACCACACCACUGUCCUGGUCAAAAGUGCCUACUGGUCAUUUAACAUCAACAACUCCUCUCAACCACUUACAGCAACGUGCGAGUGUGUGUGUGUGUGUGUGUGUGAGAGAGAGACACAUCUGUAAGACUGACAGGAGAAAUCUGUCCGCAUGCUCAAUAUUUUUUUUAAAUGGGAAAGUGACUUUAAAUAAAUCAAAACUGUAAACAGUUAAUGUCUGUUAUUUAUUUAUUUCUCUCCCACUCCCUCUCUCUAUUUAUUAGAUCAUUGUUCUUUAAAGUUUGUAUAUCGGUAUAUAAACUGACAGCAAAACUGAAAUUUUCUCCAGUUAAAGUUUAUCCUAAAGACACACUGUACUAUAAAAAAGCAACAUAAAGACCUGCAAUAGUUUUUAUCCUUCUGACUACACAAUAUAUACAAUCCUGUCUACACACUUCUCUCCACAUUAACAGUACUGUGGUCAGCAACUGCACAUGACUGAAAUAUUCAUCAUUCACUGUAAAACCUGAUACAAGCUGUCUUCUACACUAGAUGUGCUCUAGUCAUGAUGUAGAGUCUGUCUCCA